GUGGUGUGAGAAAGCCAGGGAGAGUGAGAGAGGUGGACAGACAAACCCUUUCUCCUGGAAGGAACCCAAGGCCGGGAUGGUCAUAAAGCCGCUGGUACUAACAGCAACCCAAUCCUGGCACUGGAUGUGUUGUUAUCCAGCCCCACCUGGGCGGUCAUGAACGGAAGUGCAGUGCCAUUGUCACCAGUAGGGGGAGGGAUGGUGGGAGAACCUGCCUCUCUCCCCUCCCUGGGUUGGCGGGAAUUCUGCGAAGUCCACGCUCGUGCUGCUGCAGUUGAUUUUGCCCGUCGUUUCCGGACCUUCCUUGGUGAGAACCCCCAGUUUGCUACACCAGGAGCCGAAGCUGCUUUCUCACACCGCUUUGCAGAGCACUUCCUAGAACAUUUUGAGGCUGAAGUGAGCCGAGCUUACACCAGUGACUCGCCACCCCGGUGUGACAUUGCCCCUUUCACUGGUUGUUCUUCUGCACGAGACCUCUCUGAGACCUGCAGUGACUCAUCUGUUGCUUCCCCUGUUGAGCCUCCAUUGGGCCCACCCUCUGGCCUCUCUAGCAGCCAGUCCCGCAGCUCUGAAGAUGUUUCUACUGUGGCAGCAGUCACUGCUACAAAGCCAAAGCUGAAGAAGCGCUUUUCUUUGCGCAAUGUUAGCCGCAGCGUCCGAGGUAGCGUACGCGGCAUUCUGCAGUGGAAGACCUCAGCCGAGUCAUCUUCUGGUGGUGGAGAUGGGACGCCUACUGGAGCCAACAGCAAUUCCAACUCUUCGGGGGGGGGUGACUCAGACCGCUGGACUCACCGAUUUGAACGUCUUCGGCUCAACAAAGCCUCCCCAGCCUCUCUCCGAGUAGAACUGGCUAGUGUGCGCCGUGAAGGCCUACUGAACUACAUUGUAGCUGAUGAUGGGUCAGGCGGGGGCAGUAGGACACGCUGGCAGAAAUGCCGUCUUCUCCUGCGCAAGGCAGGGAAGGGAGAAGGGGAGGGUUACCUGUUGGAGUUCUACAUCCCACCAAAGGCAACAAAGCCACGGGUCAGCAUUGCUUGCUCCUGCGUAAUGGAUGUGCGGACAACAACUCCACUGGAGAUGCCAGACAAGGAGAACACCUUUGUACUUAAGCUUUCAAGUUCCUUGGAGUACAUCCUUGAGACUGUUGACUCGCUGCAGAUGCGGUCAUGGUUGGCUGACAUUCAGGAAUGCAUGGGCCUGGGAGAAAGCACUGAUAGCCUGGAACAGCCAUGCAUGAACCACUCAGAUAGCAUGCCCAGCCGGGAACUUCCCAUGGUGCCGAGCGAGAGCAAUGAACAGCUCAGCCAAGGUGCCUAUGGUGGACUGAUGGAACGCCCCUCCGCCUCCAUGUCUCCCAGCUCGGUCUCUAUUGCUGCCUCACACUUCGAUUCAAUGGAGCUGCCGCCUCCUCAGCUGCUGCCUCGGGUGCCAGUCAAUGAAGGGCAAUUUUCCACUGGCUUCCUCCAUACAGCUUUCCCCGAAACCCCGGAAACCACAGGUUCCUUCCUCUUCCAAGGGGAGCCCGACCCAGGUGGGGGUAGUCUUGGUGACACAGAGCACCCGCUCUCUGAAUACCCAUGGUUCCAUGGCACCCUGUCCCGUCUCAAAGCCGCCCAGUUGGUGUUGGCAGGAGGAGCCAGCAGCCAUGGUGUUUUCUUAGUGCGUCAAAGUGAGACACGGCGGGGUGAAUACGUCCUGACCUUUAACUUCCAGGGAAAAGCCAAGCAUCUGCGCCUCUCCCUGAAUGAAGAAGGGCAGUGCCGUGUUCAGCAUCUCUGGUUCCAGACCAUUUUUGAUAUGCUGGAGCACUUCCGGGUCCAUCCCAUCCCCCUUGAAUCAGGGGGCUCCAGUGAUGUGACGCUUGUCAGCUACGUGGUUGCUUCACAAAGGCUGCAUGGCCGGGACCGGGCUGGGAGCCGAGCGCCAGUGUCUGGGUUCAGUGGGGACCCCGACUCGCCCCCCAACCUCAUCUCCAUCCUUGCUGCUGCCUCCGCGGGUGACUGCGUAGCCGAGCACCUCUCGUAACCUGCCACUGCCACCUCCUCUCCCUCCAGCCCGGCCAUCUCAUGCUCCUCUGGACCAUGGAUUGCUGGAGUCCAAGGGGCAGACUGAGGAGG